CAUACGAGCCCACCACAUCGCUCCUCGACCCAAACCCAGCAGAUCCAAGUCGAACCUCGCUGCUGAUAGAUCGGUGUCAGCGCUGCCACAGGAAACAUGAGUCGUUAAUUCGUCUGUUUCGCUCCAUUCGCACCGCAAAAACCCCAAAUCCAUUUUGAUUUGAACGGCAAAAGGGUGGUCGCCAGCAUGAAGCCGAGACUUCUGAGGAGAGACCUGUUCGCCUUUCAGCUGCUGCUCCUCAGCCAGAUGGUGGUGGUGGUGGAGCUUCUGGUCCGAGGCCUGAAAAAGCUUCCUGAAGACAUCGACUGGUCCUACUCAGGUGUCCAAAACCAGCGAACCUGGGGCAGGAAGUACCCGUCCUGUAACAGUGCCAGACAAUCUCCUGUGGACAUCGAUGAGGCCUUGGCUCAGGUUCGAACUCAGUAUCAAAAGCUUCAGUUCGAGGGCUGGGAUCAACUGACGUCAGAGUCCACACUGGUCCACAACAAUGGCAAGACAGUGUCCAUCGCUGUAGAUGGACAGUUCUUCAUCAGCAGUGGAGGGCUGAGCUCCAGGUUUCGUGUGGGCAGAAUUUCCUUCCACUGGGGGCGCUGUAAUGCUUCUUCAGAGGGGUCAGAACACAGCCUGAAUGGGGUCAGAUAUCCUCUUGAGAUGCAGAUCUACGGCUACAACCCGGACGAGUAUCGGACUGUGGAGGAGGCCAUGAGAGAAGGAGGGAGGAUAGCCGCUCUGGCUGUGUUCUUUGAGAUCAGCCUGGAUGAUAAUGAGAACUUCGCUCCUGUCAUCGAGGCCGCCAACACUGUCAGCAGAUUUGGAAAGGUUGCAUCCGUGGUCCCUUUCUCCCUGCGCUCCUUGCUGCCCAAUAACACUGAUAAAUACUACAUCUACAACGGCUCGCUGACCACUCCUCCCUGCUCCGAGACUGUGGAGUGGGUGGUUUUCAAACACACUGUGGCAGUGUCUGAAACUCAGUUGGAGGUUUUUUGCGAGGUGAUGACCAUGGAGCAGGCCGGCUACGUGGUGCUGACCGAUUACCUUCAGAACAACUUCCGGGAGCAGCAGCAGUUCAUGGGCCAAGUGUUCGCCUCUUACACCGGAGUGGAGGACGUGCUCACGCCAACCUGCAGUUCUCCGCCUGAAAACCUGCAAGCGGACCCCCAGAACGACACGACAAUUGUGGUGACCUGGGAACGACCACGAGCUGUUUACGACACGACUAUUGACUGGUACAUGGUCACCUACCAGAGGUUACAGGGACGGGACCAGAUGAAACAGGAGUACCGCACAGACGGGGACCAAGAUGUGGGUGCCAUUAUUCCCAACCUGCUGGCCAACAGCAGCUACGUGGUUCAAGUGGUGGCUGUCUGCACCAACGGCUUGAGGGGGCGCUGGAGCAGCCAGAUUAUUGUCGACAUGCCCUUGGAAGACCCCGAGAGUGACCAAGAUCCAGACAUCUCACAAAGCACCAGUGGGCAGGUUGCACCAAAAGCAGAGAAUCAGAAUGAAUUGGACUUGAUCUCCGAGAACCACAGUCCAGUUGAAGAAGUCCCAGCUGAGCAGACCAAGGUCUAUCAGAACCAGCCGAUGCAACCGGCCCCACCUCCAGUCCCAAAGUCAAAGCCUCCAGUCAAGAUCCGAACAAAACAGAAUAAGAAAAAGUCGGAAAUGCCGUUCGACCUCGAUGAUUUGGAUGAGAACCAGAUCGAUGAGGAACAAUUGAUCACAACGGCGGAGACGCUGAUGAAGCCGAGCUUUGAUGGUAACGGUGCCACCUGGGUCACCACGAGCACGGAGCAGCCGGGAUUUCUGUUCCCGGCUGGCGCCCGACCGACAACGCUGCCUGACGUCCGCCGCCAAAUCACAGAGGAGGCGUCUUUGUCCAUGCAGCCAAAUCAGUCCAGUGAGCCGGGCUCUCCAGAUCCAGUUGGUGAGACUGGCUUCCCCUCAUCCCAGUCUGAGUACUUCACGCCUCCUUCAGAGGACAUCCAGGUGACAGAUGUCUUCUACGAGGACACACUCAACAGCUCUCCUCUUGAAGAUGAGAUCAACUCGUCUGCUGCUGAACCCAUUCCAGGAAGUAGAGUGAACAGCAUUGGCAUAGCAGAGACCACUGCUUCAGUGCCCUCGGCCCCCACCCCGCUCUGGAUCACAGAGAGAAUGGCAACAGCAAGCAACACGCUGGCCAAUGGUGUCUACAAAUCCUUCACCUCCUCCUCACUGCUCAGGGUUCUGAUGCACACGACUCAGCCCAAUUACAACGAGAGAAGCAACAGUAGCCACGAGUCUCGGGUGGGUCUGGUCGCAGGUGUGGAGGCGGAGAAGCGGACCAUCAUUCCUUUAGCCGUGGUCUCCACUCUGACUGUGGUAUGUCUGCUGGUGCUGGUGGGCAUACUGAUCUACUGGAGUCACAGAAACUGUUUCCAGACGGCUAACUUCUACCCAGACGACAGCGGGUCCCCUAAAGUCAUAUCGGCUCUGUCGACUCCUCUGCUGCUGGCCACAGAUGAUCACGAGCCUCUGACAGUAAAGCAGUUUGUGAAGAAAGUGAUGGAACUUCACACCACCAACACCUUUGCCAAAGAGUUUGAGAUUGUCAAAGAGUCCUUCCAGGAGGUGCAGGCGUGCACGGUGGACAUGGGGAUCACCGCCGACAGCUCCAAUCACCCUGACAACAAGAGCAAGAACAGAUACAUCAACAUUCUGGCCUAUGAUCACAGCAGGGUGAAGCUGUCCAACAGCUUGGACCGGGACGGCUCCUGCGGCGACUACAUCAACGCUAACUUUGUGGAUGGCUAUGAGCGGACCCGGGCCUACAUCGCAGCUCAGGGCCCCCUCAGAGGCAGCAGGGAGGACUUCUGGAGGAUGAUCUGGCAGCAGAAUGUAGGCGUCAUCGUCAUGAUCACAAACCUGAAGGAGAAAGGAAGAACCAAGUGUGACCAGUACUGGCCAGAUGAGAACCAUGAGGACUAUGGAAUCUAUCAGGUGACCUUGAAGAGCACCAAGACGCUUGCCUACUACACACUGAGGACAUUUUCCCUUAGAGAAACAUCAAAUAAGGCGUCGCCAAAGAAAGUGGAACACACCGUCCUGCAGUACCACUACACCCAGUGGCCUGACAUGGGAGUGCCAGAAUACACUCUGCCGGUACUGUCAUUCAUCAGAACCUCCUCUCGGGCACGGACGCAGGAGAUGGGGCCGGUUCUGGUCCACUGCAGUGCCGGUGUGGGACGAACUGGGACCUACAUUGUGAUUGACAGCAUGCUGCAGCAGAUCCAGGAUCAGGGCACGGUCAACGUUCUGGGCUUCCUCAAACAUGUGAGGACUCAGAGGAACUUCUUGGUGCAGACUGAGGAGCAGUACGUGUUCAUCCAUGACGCUCUGACUGAGGCCAUUUUGAGUCGGAACACCUCAGUGACCUCUGACCUCCUGCACAGUUAUGUGUCUGAUCUCCUGACCCCUGGGGUCUCAGGCCGGACACGCAUGGACAAGCAGUUCAAGUUGAUCAGUCAGCGUCAGGCCAAACACGCAGACUACAGCAGUGCCCUGAGAGACGGCAACGACCUGAGGAACCGAGCCAAAGCCUUGAUGCCUGUGGAGCGAUCAAGAGUUUGUCUCACGGCGUCAGAAUCCAACUCCUCUGGAUACGUCAAUGCCUCCUACGUCAUGGGUCACCACCACAGUAGAGAGUUCAUCGUGACCCAGACUCCUCUGAGCACCACAGUGGCUGACUUCUGGAGGAUGAUCUGGGAACAUGACACACACACGGUUGUGCGUUUGCAUGAUACACACUGUCAGAGUGACGACUCUUGUGUGUACUGGCCCAGCAAGGGUCAGACAAUGAGCUUCGAGGGAUUCACUGUGUCACACAAGUGGGAAGAGCUCGUGUGUGUGUCCAGCGACGAGCAACUGUUGGUGCAGGACGUCAGACUGGAGUCUUCUCUGAAUGAUUAUGUUCUGGAGGUGCGUCAGUACAGCGCCCCCUGCUGGCCAAACCCAGACAGCCCCAUCAGGAACUCUUUUGACCUGAUCAACAGGGUCAGAGAGCACAGCAGACUGACUGGCUCGCCAACAGUCGUGCACGAUCCGAUGGGAGGGGCAACGUCAGGGCUCUUCUGUGCUCUGACCACGUUGGCCAGUCAGCUGGAGGAGGAAGGAGAAGUGGACGUCUACCAGGUGGCUCGAAUGACCAACCUCAUGAGGCCUGGAGUGUUUAAUGACCUGGAGCAGUACCAGUACCUUUACCGGGCAGUGGUGAGUCUGGUGAGCAGCCAGGAGGACCAGAGAGCCCUGCAGAGUCCAGAGACUAACGGAUCAGUGCCCCUGGGCCAAAACAACAUUGCAGAGAGUCUGGAGUCUCUCAUGUAGAAUCGCACUAACACACACUCGCAGACUGACUCACAAACACAUCAGAGGAAACACACAACUGUAUCUUAAGGGAAAGUUGGUCAUGCGGUCACAGGGUUGACACAUGGUUGUGGUGUCGGCCAGAAACCUUAUGUUUCAUUUAAUCUAUUUUUCCUUUUCAUCCAACAUCCACACCAAAAGUGUGAUUCUGACUUUCUGGGAACUAAAGGUGUUAACGGGAGAUCAAUCCACCGGGUAACGGAUCAUAUUGAUAAUGAUAAUCAGUUUAUAUUUAGAUCUGUCCAUCUAGUUGUGAGCAUAUUUAGUUUUCAAACAAAACCCUUAUGCAUAGCGGAACAAUCCUGGCGAACGUCUUCUUGUUUGCUUCACAACUACCAGCAGACCAGGAUGCUCAAAAACCAGAAGAGGUCUCACUCGGAGUGAUUUUCACCGACUGGGACUUGUGUGCCUUCUGUCACGUUGCAUCUUCUUAGACAAACUGAUUUUUUUUCUACAUAUAUAAACUCAAGUUCCACAACUUCAAUGAGCCAAAUGAAGGAUGUGUUGAAUUAUGCUGAUGUUAUUGAUGGGAGACAUGUAAUCUGUUACUCAUUUUAUGUGUUAAUUUCAUGAAGGAUUUUACCAAUGUCUCAUAGUCUGCUUCAUGUGACUUGACUGUUAAUACAGAAACUUCCACAUUCCACACCCUAAACCUUGCUGUCAAUACAGUCAACUUAAAUAUGUCUGGUUUUACCUACAACUUUUAUGACAGCUUUACAGCAAUUUAACUUACUUCAUUUCUUGAACAAUAUUUUUGUUAUUACAACUAAUAACAACUCUUAGCAUCAUGUGAUUGAACUGCCACAAACGGGUUCUGAGCUAUGACUCCCGCCGACUGUUUCACAUGGACGUGACUCAGGGCCAUUUAGGAUUAUGUUUGAAAAGUUACUUUACAAGACCACAAACUCCCGACCAAAUUUGUGUUUGGGACAAGUAUUGGUUAAUCAGAUCAUGAAAUGCAGGAAUUGCAAGUGCCAUAAUGGUCGCAAUAGACAAGCAACCACAAUUUUCUAAAACAUAAAUGUAGUCUUGAGUGGCCCGUUUUAAUUUUAAUUUUCUAGAUGUGUGUGUUUGUUGUCAAAGUUAAGAUGAAUCUGAGCCGGUCGCCGAAUCAAAUUGUGUAUAAAACUACGGUAAUCACUGUUUAUACUGUACUUCUUCAUAUUUUAUAUUUUACUACAAAAUUUUCUAGUCAUUUACAUAUAUGUAUAACAAGGCAGAAUCUAUUCGAUAGCUGAAGCCGUGAAUACGAGCGUGUUGGAGCAGAUUGUACAUAGAAACAGAUUCAAUUGAAAAUUAUUAAAGAUU